AUGACCUUCCUACGGGGAGGCACUUGGCGUUCCCGCAUCUCGACCAAACUCAAAUCACAGGAGGUAUCGCGUCGCAGCUCGAAUAAUCAGCCGGACGUUGAGGAGCUAUGGAACGACGCUCUCAAUCGAUUCCGGAGCACUCUGCGCAUCGAUCCUCGCGAUCAGAGCUUGCCUUUUGUUCGCGACCUGGAGCGACUCAGCAGCAGCGACGACAUACUUGAUUAUCUUCAGGAUACGUCAGAGUGCUUAAGUGACAGGCGGCAGGGAAGCAAGGCUUCGCGCGCUCUUAGGAAGUCGUUGAAACCACUGAUAUGCGGCUUGAGUGUGAUACUCGACGCCAGUUCUGAGACUGCUUCGGCUUUGGGAGUGCCCGGGGGCAAGGGAAUCUUUGCCGCUGUUGCCAUACUGCUGCAGGCGGCAGAUUGCGUGAGUGCAAUGUACGACGACCUCCAGAAGCUGUUGGAUGGCCUCGAGGCCUACGUCACGCGGCUGAAAGUGCGCGUGCAGGCGCCGAUGAGAGAAGAGACGAGGCAGAUCGCCGUGAAAGGGUUGAUCGAGGUGUUAAAGACGCUGGAGUUGGCUACCAAGGUGGUGCGUGAGGGCCGCGCUCGACGCUUCGUAAAGGCCUUAUUGUCAAAGGCAAACGGUGUCCAAUCCGCACUUGCGAGACUUGAAGCCAUCACGAUGGAAGAGGAAAUGCUGGCGAUCGCGGACCUAGCGGUUAGCGUGCACGCAUCAUCACAAGAUGUUCAACAAGCGAGCAGUACUUCUCUGCAAGUCCUGCAAGGCGUCCAUAAUGUCCGACCAACGAUUGCCCGUACAGACAUCACGACGCGCCGCAUCUUGGGGCAGACAUCACAGAUGAGCACCCGCGUCAAUAUACUGUUCAAUCUUCUCCAGACGUGCCUUGAAGCUAAUAAUCCUGCCAACGCUCGACAGCUGGAAGAUGCAUCCGCGCGUGUCAAUGAAGCUUUAUCAUCAGUAUCCCCGCAGGUAGCUUCGCAGACAAUUAGGUCCCGAGUUCGCGAUGUAUCGCGCAUGGGACGACAGCUACUUAACGUUGUCUCCAACUUCGGUUCCGAGAAUCAAGACAUCAUCUGGCGUGGCUUCGGUGCGCUGCUGUCCUUUGCGGUCGAUUGUGAAGCGACCGCAAAUGUCGGAAGUACUGCGCUCACGUGGGGGACAACUAGCCUCUAUCUUACUGUCGAGGCGAUGGGAUCACUCGUCCACAUGGGGUGUAUGUUCAUACUGCUGUUCAUGAUCUGGCAGCAGAGUUUUAUCCUGCGCCCGAUGUCGCGGUCUCCCGGUACCGUUAUCAUAGUGGACGUACUCGGCGAGAUCUUCGAACUUCAGUCCGAUACAUUCUCAACAUGGAAGAACACCCAUGAUUUCCUUCUACAGGCCUUCAAAGGUCGGAAAGGCCUUUCAUUUGUGCAACGUAGAGACUACGCCUUGGGUGAUUCCAAUGGCAUGGUAAUAGAACCUCAGAAGUGGGCUCUUUCUGUCCGUCCGGGGUCAAAACUCAACAUGAGUGUCAUCAUCCGCGAUGGGUCCGCUCGGUGCCCUUACUGCCAACAUGCGACUAUUACGACUCAUGGGAAGCAAGACAAUGAUGGCCGUAUUGUUUGCUCUUCUAAGUCUUGUGGGCGCAGUUACAGUACUGUUCGCGUUACGGCGGAGAACCCCGACAGUACUAGAGAGAUCAGCGAUACGAUGGUCCGCGAACCAGACUCACCCGAGGCACGACUCUCGAGAUCACCCACGUCAGGAAUGACAGAGAGAGUUCUGCCCCGUCCCGAGGAGUCCAACGCACCUGCGGCACACUCAUGGGACCCGCGCACUACUACGUCCGGACCUAGCAUAGCACGAACCGAGGCAGGACGUAAGGAUGCGUCGUCUUCGGAGAUGGAGGACGGCUCUUUGACGUCCUUCUAUAGGAUAAUCGUUGAAAUCAAAGUGCGACGACUCCUCAUCGAUAAUGAGUUGGACGUGGCGAGCGAGCGACUCUUAGGCUCCGAGAUAAGACUUUCCACGAAGCGAUACUCGUUACUUCAUCCAACGAGCACGGCGCGAUACUCGUCACUUCAUCUAACGAGCACGAUGUUUAAGCGAAAUCAACGAGCAGAUGUCAUGUACGACGUCCAGGGAUGGAUCGAACAUCCCGCUUGCGUGGACAGGCGCGCGCUUCUCGUUAUCGGCGAAGAACGCGGUGUAGCGUCUGUUGCGCGGGAGAUCGCCACGCAGUACUCGCAAAUGGGGCGCCUCGCUUCUUCGUUCACUUUCGACGUCUCCGAGAGACAGAGCAUGGACCCCCCGCCGCCACAGACAUGCAUCACCACUCUCGCACGCGAUCUCGCCGACUUCGACGCGCAUUGUGCAGCUGCAAUGCGCGCGUCCAUCGCAAGCAACCCAAAUCUGGCGUUCUCCUCAGAUUGCUCCCAGCUGUUCGAACAGCUCGUUCUGAAACCAGCAAGCAAUUUGUCCGUCGCGGCACCCGUUGUCGUUGUCAUUGAUGGACUGGACUUCAAGGGUACUGUCGCUCAGCGGAUGGAGCUGCCAAGGGUCUUCGCGAUGUGGCUUAGCGGGAUGCCUUCAAACUUCCGUUUCGUGUUCACCAUAAAGCCGGACCGCCUGAUCGAGCGUGCGCUGGCGGUACAUGUUGCUAUGCUUCGCAUUUAA